AAAGGUAAAAGUACAAAAAAAAUAAUAAAUAAAUUAAAAAAAAAAACAAGAGGCUUAUAUAAUUCUGCUUCAAGUCAAAGGGUUAGGCCAGCGCUACACGCUUCGAUCGGAAUCUGUCCACCUUCCUCACUCCUCCGCCACCUACUCCACCACCUCCGAUAACUCUACACACACAUAUAUAUACAUACAUAUACAUACAUACAUACAACCUUCAACUUUCAGCUAUCUCGAGAAUGUCGUCGAAGAAGUUCAUAGUAGAAGUUGAGCCAGCAAUUGAAGCCACAGAUGGCAAACCAUCCAUGGGACCAGUUUACCGCAGUGUCUUCGCUAAGGACGGUUUUCCGCCUCCGAUCGACGGUCUAGAUUCCUGCUGGGACGUUUUCCGCUUGUCGGUGGAGAAAUACCCCGAUAAUCGAAUGCUUGGUACUCGUGAACUUGUGAAUGGAAAGCAUGGACCGUAUGUAUGGUUGACUUACAAGCAAGUGUAUGACAAGGUGAUACAGGUUGGAAAUGCUAUCCGUGCAUGUGGUGUCGAGCCGGGAGGACGGUGUGGGAUCUAUGGUGCCAAUUGUGCGGAAUGGGUUAUGAGCAUGGAGGCGUGCAAUGCUCAUGGAUUGUACUGUGUGCCUUUAUACGAUACCUUAGGUGCUGGUGCAGUAGAAUUCAUUAUUUGCCAUGCUGAGGUUACAAUUGCUUUCGUAGAAGAGAAAAAGAUUCCUGAGCUCUUAAAAACAUUUCCCGCAGCUGGCGAACAUCUAAAAACAAUUGUGAGCUUUGGGAAAGUUACUCCUGAACAAAAAGAACAAGUCGGAAAUUUUGGCGUGGUAAUACAUUCAUGGGAGGAAUUUUUGUCGUUGGGUGAUGAUAAAAACUUUGACCUACCAUUGAAGAAAAAAAGUGACAUAUGUACAAUAAUGUACACUAGUGGAACAACCGGCGAUCCAAAAGGUGUUUUGAUUUCCAAUAACAGCAUUGUAACACUUAUAGCUGGUGUACGCCGUCUGUUAGGAAGUGCAAAUGAAUCGUUGGAUGCUAACGAUGUCUAUCUCUCGUUUCUACCACUGGCUCAUAUAUUUGAUCGUGUGAUUGAAGAAUGUUUUAUCAAUCACGGGGCCUCUAUUGGAUUUUGGCGUGGGGAUGUUAAAUUGCUGAUUGAAGACAUAGGGGAGCUAAAGCCUACUAUUUUCUGUGCUGUUCCUCGAGUCUUGGAUAGAAUUUAUUCAGGUUUACAACAAAAAAUUGCUGCUGGUGGUUUUCUCAAACGUAACUUAUUUAAUCUAGCGUAUAAUUACAAGUUACAUAAUAUGAAGAGUGGGCAUAAACAUUCUGAGGCAUCUCCACUAAGUGACAAAAUUGUUUUUAGUAAGGUUAAACAGGGGCUCGGAGGUAACGUACGAAUUAUUCUAUCCGGAGCAGCUCCGUUAGCUCCACAUGUGGAAGCUUACCUGAAAGUGGUGGCAUGUUCUCACGUUCUCCAAGGAUACGGGCUGACGGAAACUUGUGCUGGAACGUUUGUCUCGCUGCCAAACGAAAUGGAUAUGUUGGGUACUGUGGGUCCACCAGUACCAAAUUUGGACGCCCGUUUGGAGUCUGUUUUCGAGAUGAAUUAUGAUGCCCUGAAUCCAAACAAACCACAGGGAGAAAUAUGUAUUAGAGGUGAUGUUCUGUUUUCAGGAUACUACAAGCGCGAGGACCUUACAAAGGAAGUGUUAGUCGAUGGCUGGUUCCAUACAGGGGAUAUUGGUGAGUGGCAACCUGAUGGAAGCAUGAAAAUUAUUGACCGGAAGAAAAACAUUUUCAAGCUUUCUCAAGGAGAAUAUGUGGCGGUUGAAAAUCUGGAAAAUGUUUAUGGACUUGUUUCCGACAUUGACGCGGUAUGGAUAUAUGGGAACAGCUUCGAGUCUUGUCUUGUUGCUGUUGCGAACCCAAAUAAGCAAGCGGUUGAACGAUAUGCUGAAACGCAUAAUAUUUCUGGGGAUUUUGAAUCCUUAUGCGAGAAUCCUAAGAUUAAAGAGUACAUACUGGGAGAGCUCACCAGAAUCGGAAAAGAGAAAAAGUUGAAAGGUUUUGAAUUUGUGAAAGCGGUCCACCUUGACCCUGUUCCUUUUGACAUGGAACGCGACCUUUUGACCCCAACAUUCAAGAAGAAAAGGCCCCAAAUGCUCAAAUAUUACAAGGAUGUGAUCGAUAACAUGUACAAGACGAUUAACAAAAAGUGAAUCACUGCAUGAAGAUGGUGACUUCUCUGCUUGAUUGAAGUUUUUCUAUCACCUUUAGCGACUCUGAAUUUGUUUUGAAUUCUAAGUUUUAUAAUUAUGCUACUGUACAGUUGUGUUAUGUCUCAAGAUAAUUUAUGCACCACAAUGUAGUCUCAUACUUUUACACCUAUAUAUUAUUGUUCAUUUGAUUUGAAAAUCUUGCAAUAAAUACUAUAAAACUUCGUAAGUUA